AUGCGUGCUGAUCAUGAUGCUAUGGCUCGGGGCAUUCAGCAGCAUGAACAGGAAAGGCUGUCUAUGUCUACUAGUGGUGAUGGUGGAUAUCCUACUGCAUCCUUUCAGCAGCCUGGUGGGUCUAGCCAUCAGCCGGGUCCAAGCUCUCGUCCGGUAGUAUCGCGUAGUCGUUCAUCCCAUAUUAACAUGCCCCCGCUCGGUGUAGUUGCGCAGCAGUUCACGAUGCCGCAAACCAAUACCAGUUUUGUUCACAAUGCUCAAUUUCAGUGGCCUCAGCAGUAUACCAACGUGCCUCAGCAGUAUACCAAUGUCCCUCAGCAGUAUACAAACAUGCCUCAGCAGCAUGGCUCCACCACUAACAUUGUGUACCCCUACACUAAUCCGGUUGCUUUCUCUUCGUCCGACCCCACUAUAUCAUCCUUCUCUUUCAACAGUGCUCAUGCAUCUUCCGUCUCACUUCCUAGCAUGGUAUCUGGCGGUUCUGCAUCGGCGACAUCUCUUCCCGUUGAUGUGGCAACAUCAACGACGUCAGUCACAGCAGAACAUUGGAGAAGCAUUCAGGCUAGUGCCGUUGCUCUUCGUGGGAAGUCCCCUACAUCGUCAGGCCAUGGACGGACAGCAAGUAUUGCUGAUAGUACCACGUCCAGGAGGAGUAAAGGGAAGCGUGCACGUUCAGAUGAAGGCGAAGAGGCACACGCACGUGAAACUGAGGCUGACCUUCUCAAGAAGGUUAUGGGGCCUAUUAUUGCAGAUGCCGAUGAACGUUCAAAUGACGAAAAGCGCCUGAAGGGCAUUCAGACCAUUGAGAGCAUCCGGAACAAGAACUUGAAGCUCGAAUACAAUAUCACUCUAGCGAAAAAGGGUGAGCAGGCAAACAUUGCAAAGCUUAAUGCGGAACACAAUAUUGAGAUAGAGAAGAUGUGUAUCGCAGCUGAAGUGGAGGUUAAAAAGUAUGAGAUUGAGAUGCGGUACAAGAUGGACAGGGGACAGGAACCUGAACCGUCAUCAUCUGCUUCUGUCAACGCCAGAUUUUCUAGGUCAUCUUUUGCCCAUUCUACUGUGUCUAUUCAUCCCCCACUCAAUAAUUUCAAUGCAGCACUCGCAAAUAGUGACCAAAGUGACCCUCGUGGUCUUACUAACAUGCAGCCUCUGCUGAACACGCUAUCGCCAUCUAUUCCUGCUGCUGCUGGUGACUUGCAUUCUCGCCAAUCUCAAGACUAUUUUCAACCCGGAGAUUACUCGUUCGACUCCCAAAUCCAUCACCAGCAAGGCAAUGAAGACAACGGUGGGCUGAAUGACAUGCAUGGUAGUGCAUUCAGCAUUCACACAGGUGGGCAGGAUAACAUGUAUAGCACUGAUGAGCACAUCCAAAGUUGUUGA